AUGACCCAGGCCUUGCCGACUAUCACGCCAGUUUAUGCUGGAUUAAAUGGCUCCAGAUCACAGAUUCGCUUCAUUCACCUGCUCCCGGGCUCUUUCAAUGAGGCUAUUCGCUGUAAUUUGGAAACAAUAACGCUUUCUAUGGACACCACCCUGCCUUUCGAGGCACUAUCAUAUGUGUGGGGAAACGACGAACCCCGCAAAUUCAUAUUGCUCAACGGCCAACCCUGGCCAGUUGGAAGAAACCUGGCACAUAUCCUGCGAAGGUUGAGAUAUGAGGACAGGGCAAGAUCGCUAUGGGUUGAUGAAGUCUGUAUCAAUCAAGACGACGUUGAUGAAAAAUUCCAUCAAGUAAGGUUGUUAGCCAAGGUUUACAAGCAAAGUGCACGUUGCUUGAUCUGGCUGGGCAACGUUGAUGAGGGAUCCGAG